AUGGGUCGAACACUACUCAGAGCUGGGAAGUCAGCAGUGCUGCAGCCCCUGUACGGCCUGCUUUGCCUGUGCUGGAGGGAAGGUGCAAUCCCCCAAGACAUACGUGAUGCCUCCAUUGUGACUCUCUACAAGAACAACGGUGACCGCAGUGACUGCAACAACUACAGAGGGAUCUCCCUCCUGAGCAUUGUCGGGAAGGUAUUUGCCCGCAUCCUCCUCACCAGGCUCCAAACACUGACAGCUCGAGUCCCAAUGCGGCUUCAGGGCGGCUUCAGUGCACCAACUUCAGAAGAAGUGCAGAGAGCAGGGCAGGCCACUGUAUCUAGUCGUAUCGGGUCUUGCUCAUCUGCCUUCGCUAUCUCCUUACACACUGAAGAGGCCAUGCAGAGACUCAUGGACAGGGUCGAUCGUGCCUGCAAAGAAUUUGGACUCAUGAUCAGUCUGAAGAAGACCAACUUCAGUGCACAGGUUGCAAGCCAUGCACCCUCUAUCAGCAUCAGUGACUACACCCUGGAAGUGACAGAGGACUUCAUGUACCUUGGGUCGACCAUCGCUACCAGCCAGUCACUUGACAUAGAGAUCAACCGGUGGAUAGGAAAAGCCUCAGCAACCAUGGCCAAGCUGUCCAAAAGAGUGUUGGACAACAAAAAGCUCACAGAGAAUACCAAGAUGCGUCAGGCACUCUCCUGUACAGCGCCGAAACAUGGACCACCUAUGCGAGGCAAAAACGCCGUCUGA